AAGAUGACGGCAAGGUGACUAGUGAUGAGGUGAAUGUGUGGAGAAGGUAGGGUUGAGGUUCGAGCUUAUUCCAGUAUGCAGGAGUCAGGUACAUGUAUCGCACAUGCGGGAUGCUCCAACACACGUGCUUUUGACCCACUCCUUGGACCCGAUCCGUCCGUUAUAUAUUGGAGCGCGCUCCCCUCUUGACUUGCCUGAGAACGGGACGUUCAUCAGCCCUUCCUAAAGGCCACUAUAAGAAUGACUGCACUACGGUUCCUCGCUUGGUCGGCGCUUGUCAUUGCGGGGCUCGCGGCGCCCCAUAACGACGGCCAUGGCAACGGCAAGGAGACUGUCAAGCGCGUCAAGGAGAUCUCGCUCGGUCCUCGUCCGUAUUGGCUCGUCGAUAACAUGGACGAAGGCCCGCUCAAGACGAAACUCGCCUCGUGCUCGGAAAAGGAGAUGAAGCGGAGCGACUGGAGCAUCUCGCAUCGCGGCGGUGGAACCUUGCAGUUCCCCGAGCACACAAAAGGGUCGAUCAUGGCCGGCACGCGGAUGGGCGCUGGCAUCCAGGAAUGUGACGUGACCUUCACCAAGGACAAGCAGCUCGUGUGCCGCCACGCUCAGUGCGACCUGCACACUACGACCAACGUGGUUGCCAUCCCUGAGCUCAACGCGAAAUGCACAACACCCUUCAAGCCCGCCGCCAACGGGUCUCCGGCCACGGCCAAGUGCUGCACGUCGGAUUUCACCCUCGACGAGAUCAAGACGCUCUGCGCCAAGAUGGACGCCUCCAACCCUGCCGCCACCUCGCCCGCCCAGUUCCUCACGGGCACGCCCCUCUACCGGACCGAUCUGUACGCCAAGACGUGCGAGCGCGUGCUCACCGUCCGCGAGUACAUCGACCUCGUCGACGGCCUGGGCCUGAAGUUCACCGCCGAGCUCAAGACGCCCGAGGUGCCGAUGCCGUUCCCCGCCGGCAGCGACUACACGCAGGCCAAGUUCGCGCAGCAGCUGGUCGACGAGUUCAAGUCGGCCGGCAUCAAGCCCGAACGCGUGUGGCUGCAGUCCUUCCUCUACGACGACCUGUUGUACUGGAUCAAGGCAGAGCCCAAGUUCGCCAAGCAGGCUGUCCUGCUGGACGAGAGCGGCGACGAGCCGGGAACCAUGCCCCAGGCCGUGGCCAACCUCACAAACUAUGCAAAGGCGGGCGUCAAGAUCAUCGCGCCGCCUCUGCCGUACCUCGUCACGGUCGACAAUGGCAAGAUCGUGCCCAGCGAGUACGCCAUCACGGCCAAGAAGCUCGGUAUGAAGAUCAUCACCUGGAGCCUGGAGCGCAGCGGCUGGCUGGGCGACGGCUCCGGGGGCGGAUACUACUACAGCAGCAUUGCCAACGUCACUAACAACGAGGGCGACGUCUACAAUCUGCUGCAUGUGCUGGCGCAGGAUGUGGGUGUCAUUGGCGUCUUCUCGGACUGGAGUGCUACCGUCACCUAUUACGCCAACUGCUUUGGUCUCUUUUAGGGAGUGAGGCGUUCUUAGCAAAGGGAGUUGCAGAGGGGACUCUGUCGAAAAUCGACCCUGGCACACAGACACCUUAGUCGGGUCUCUCGACCAGAUGCUGUAUAGAACUCCGGCAUUAAUUGAAUGUAAUGGUAAAG